AUCAUUCUUUUUGGGAGGCUCUUUUUGAUUUUGCUACGAGUAUAUCGUGUUUCUAUUGUCCCUAUCGCUGUUUUCUCCCUGGCUGGCAUUUGUUUUUGGUGGCUCUCCAACGCUGUCGCCCGGUUUCGCCGCAACUCGCACCUUUUUCCUGGUAGGCUUUGGCACUGCUUGUGUACUUUUGGAUUCGCAAAGUCGCGUGACGCGUCACUCUUUACAUUUUGUUAUCAUUUGUUUAGAAUCCCGAUCCCUUCUAUUGACUCACUGUCGCCGGUUGGGCCGACUCUGGAAGAAACGUCGCUUCUACCCAGCUUCCAUGGUCAACUGGAUAUGUCGAAUCUAGCAGAGAGGCCAUGGAACGAGGAGGAGAAGUACACGCUACUUACCGAGAUCUUAAAGAAGGCCAAAGUUCCCUCGAGCCACUUAGUAAAAAUGAUCCGGGAUUUUGGUAUCACGCCAAGCUGGACGGACAUUCCCUUGCCUCAAGGUCGCUCACUCAACUCUUGUCAAAUGGCGUUCUACAACAUGUGUCAGCACGUGCCAUUAUCUGUCAGUCCCGGCCGUGGGCCGGUUCCUCAUCAUACCCACGAAUCUGCACCGCCAGCAACUGCACCCUUGGACCCCAGUGCUUUGCGUAAACGACCUCUGUUUCCUCUAGAUAAAGGGAUUCGCCCCCCUCGGGCAAUCCAGCCACGCCCUGUUACCAGUACUGCUUCUUACAGCAGCGAAAGUGGUGCCUCGGCCCUUUUGUCUCCCAGCUCAGAGAGUAUCACUAUCGGAGGCGAACCUCCGCGGAAAAGAGGUCGCCCAAGCAAGGCUGAAUCAGAACGACGUAAGGCGGCUGCUGAGGCCCGCGGGGAAACCUAUCCUCCUCCGCGGCGAUCCGGCUCAACCAAGGUGAAGUUGCCUUCUGCGCCAACUAGUCCUGCUGGCCUAGGACCUGGAGCACCUCUAUUCGGUCCCCAGGUCGUUGGCCGGCCGCCAAAUUCGUCUCACUCCGACUUACACUACCCUGCACCACCCAGGCGGCCAAUAUCAAUGGGAGGAGCAAUUGGUGAAGCGCGAUUGCAAGAAAUGCCCAGUCAGGAAUUGGUACCUUCCAUGAGGGAAUUGCCGCGCCCCCCAGAAAUGAGACAAACUCUGCCUCCGCCACAAGCGCUACAAUUAGGACAUAGGGAAUCGAUUCCCAGAAGAGAAACAGGUGAUCGGCCAUUCGAACCCCUUCUGCCCGAUAGGAGUUCAUUCGUGGAGAGCAAUCGAAGGAAUCUCAUUCAUCCUCUCGCCAGGCGCACAGAAGAAGCGCAUGGGACGGCUCCAGAAUUAUUGAUAGACAGACCAGCAGAAACUCGAUCCGAAUAACGUACAAUUCCGGAGAAGAUGGAAAUCCGUUUUUUUUUUCUUUCAGAAAGUAUCGACUCAUGAUUAAUGAUUCCAUGUCAAUCACAAAAGA